CUGGGAACCAUUGCAUUGCUGACGACGGAGGUUGAUGAGUAGUUUGCUAAGAAGGUCAUUUGAUUUUGAAGCGAAAAGAACAUUAAAAAGAAACUAUGGCAAGUGGAGGACCAAGAAUGGAGUUUGUCUCUGAAGGCACUUACUACGGCAAGAACUGUGUUCGUCUGUUGCAGCACCGACGUCUUGGUGAUUCCCAUGAGAUUAAGGAGCUCUCUGUCAACUCACACUUGUCCUUAUCCACACACAAGGGCUUUAUUUAUGGUGACAACAGUGAUAUUAUUGCUACAGACUCGCAGAAAAAUACUAUCUUUGCACUGGCUAAGAUGAAAGGGAUUACAACUCCAGAACAGUUUGCGAUGGAUCUUUGCCAGCACUACUUGAAGAUGUACAGCCAAGUCGUCAGGGCAGAGAUAUACAUAGAACAAGCUCCAUGGAGAAGGAUGGAUCAGUCGGGUGAACAGCACGCCCAUGCAUUCAUUCAGACUCAAGAGGCUACACGUUACUGUGUGGUCAGGCAGGAGCGGCACGGACUUCCAACUGUCUGGGCAGGUCUGAAGGGUAUGACGAUUCUCAAAACAACCAAGUCGGGUUUUGCUGGAUUUGUGAGAGACAAAUUCACAAGCUUACCCGAGUCUUGGGAUCGAAUCUUUUCAACCAUCGUCUCUGGAAAGUGGUGCUACAAAGACAUCUCUGGGAUUAACUUUGACCAGGCCUGGGAGACAUGUAAGAACACGAUCCUAGAUGUUUUUGCUGGUCCCCCGCGCACUGGUGUCUUCUCCCCAUCUGUUCAACAAACUCUGUAUCUGUCGGCUCAGAAGAUGAUGGCCAAAAUUAAUCAGAUUGAUCAAGUGGAGCUUGAGAUGCCGAAUGUUCAUUACUUCCUUGCGGACCUCAAGAAGAUUGGUAUGGAGAAUAAUGACGAGAUCAUGAUGCCAACAGUCGACCCUCAUGGGAUUAUCAGAGCCGCCCUCCGUCGAGUCCCAAAUUCUCGUUUGUGAGAUCAAGAUUCUGUGAUGAGUUUCUUCAAGAAGUUAAGAACAUCUUGAGAAUGCAACUUUAAAAUUAUUCUGUUUUAUGGUGCAAACAGUCGAUGUACAUUACAAGUGGUGGUGGUUAAACCUAAACUGACUUCCAAUAAAAACCAAAAGCAUCAAGGUUCUUCCCCAAUGUUUUGAAGAAAAACGUGAUAAUUGUGGACACAAACUUGGACACAAGUUAAACAAAGCACUCUCAAAAUUGGGAUGAAAUAUGUUUAUCUAAGAGGUGUAUGACAAGUUUUAGAAAAGUAGGAACUACAAAAUAUGUUGAAGAAACUGUUUGGAAUGGCCGAUUUUUCAUCAACCAAAGACAAUGACAACCAAUUUUUUUUUUAAUAUUCAAAUUGCCUUUGACUGCAUAGUUAUUAUUUUUCUGACAGGUUCACCAUUUUGUUAGACAUUCUUUGGUGCCUUUUAAUUUUGUGAGAUUAUUUGAGAAUUAUGUAUUUUAUUUUUAGAAAUAUAUAUAGUGCUUUAUUAAGAUGAAUAGUUUAAAUAAAGUGAAGCUUUUUAUCAUCAGGUUAGGAAAUUGUAAUGUCUGUUCUUGAUUCUAACACGUAAAAACAAAUAUACUUUGAAGAUUUAUUACAAAAAUUACUCUGGUAAACUGUUUGCAGUCUACUGUUCUAAAAUUAUCAACAAGCAAACUUAAUCCUUGAUUCUGAUUGGUCAAUCCAUAGAAACAAGAGUGUGAUAUUUACCCAUAAUGCACAGCCCUUAUCACAACCUUUGUAGUUCCAACUCUGCACAACACAUGAUUUUAGGUUGUCCAUCAAGUUGACUGGAGGAGAAAAUUUGUUACACGUGCUUGUGGAAUACCAAAUAUCCCAUAUCCCACUAUGCCGUUAGCUGAGUUGGAAACGGGAUGCAGAAGAGAUGUAAAUCAAAAUAUAUUUUACCAAAUGUUGCCACCACCAGUAUACCAAAAACCUUCUUUUCGUGUUGUGCUUUAGAAGGAGGGUGGGUUGCUCAUCAAGCCCCCCCUCCCAAUAAAAAAAAGUAAUGAACUAAAAAGACAAAUUAUGAUAAAUAAAUUAAAUACAUUUCAAUCAUGUAUUAUGAAUUGGCCACUAAAAUUAUUACCUCAUUUUGAUUCUCUGUUAUUACAUUCCAUGUCAAAAUACAUGUACUGGUCACAAGACCACGGUGUAAGAAGGAAAAGGGAACUCUCUUUUCCCUUCCAACAUUUGCCUUUCGACCAAUAGGGGAAAUCAAUCAUGUAGUAUUUUUGUUAUUGUUUGUUUUUUGUUUUGUUUUUUUUGUCUGUUUUUUGUUUGUUUGUUUGUU